AUGUUCGCUGCGAGACGCCUUGCCACUGCAAUCCCCCGCGCCGGCGUGCAAUCGGCUCUGUUCCAUAGCACCCGGCCAGCGUUCGUCAAGGUGGGUGACGCGCUCCCCGACCUGGACGUCCUGGUCGAGGGUUCGCCCGGAAACAAGGUCAAUCUGGCCAAGGAGCUCCAGGGGAAGGGCCUCAUUAUCGGCACUCCGGCCGCUUUCAGUCCUGCCUGCUCCAGCACUCAUGUCCCCGGCUACAUCAACCAUCCUAAGCUUAAGGAUGCCGGAAAGGUGUUCGUCGUCUCUGUUAACGACCCCUUCGUAACGAAAGCUUGGGGAGCUUCCCUCGAUCCUACUGGCAAGAGCGGGAUUCGUUUUCUGGGAGACCCCACUGGCAAAUUCACCGAGGCUCUCGACCUGGGCUUUGACAGCACAGCCAUCUUCGGCAACCGCCGCAGCAAGCGUUAUGCCUUGGUGAUUGAGGGCGGCAAGGUCAAGGAAGCCUUCGUCGAGCCAGACAACACUGGAGUCAAUGUUUCCGCGGCGGAGAAAGUCCUCGGUUAG